AUGAAGAGAAAAAAUUUACUUUCUUCUGAUAAAGUCGUCUAUUUUACUGUUAGCUCUGAAACUACUGGAAAGCCGAAACAUAUUCCUGUAACUACAGCAAUGUUGAAACGAACAACGAAGAUGCUUCUUAUCAGGACUACUGCUGUUUGGCGGCCAUUUCCUAUAUCAUCGUAUCCUACAGCUGAGCAACGAUUUUUUACUUUCGAAACAGGAAAGAAAUCCAACAUAUUUCUAAGAUCUAAAGAUGGCACACCAAUUGGACCUUUAACUCAAUUCACAUCGGCUGUUAAUCUUUUUCCAGGAAUGAAACAAUUUGCAUCAUCAAGCGCUGUUAAUGAUCUUACAUUGAUCGAAGGUAUUUCAGAUUAUGAAACAAGUACAUUUGUUCAACUAGUUUUUGCAUUGACAGCUGCAAAUAUCGUAUAUUAUUCAGUUCCAUUUGCAUCGGAUCUUUUGCAUAGUGUAAAAAUAAUCGAAAAUCAUUUUGAAGAAACGUGUCUGUGCAUAACUUCAUCUGAUUUCUAUCAUAGUUCAUUUGUUCGUCAAAAUAUUCCUGAUGUAAAAUUUCGGACUACUUUGAAUCCAGAUUUAGAAAAUAUGGCUUUGGAAUAUGGUGGAUUAUCUUACCGAUCAGAACAAGUUAAUCAUAUACGAAAAGAAUGUCUCAAAAAAAAUUAUCUUGGCUUACUUCAUCGUCUUUGA